AUGCCGUUGUUUGGAGGAACACCGUUCGAUACAGAUGUUGAUAAAGUGACAAGUGAAUCUAAUAUUGCUGAGGACUGGGGACUUAUUCUUGACAUCUGUGACAGAAUUAAGGCAAAUUCUAAUGCGCCAAAAGAUGCUUUCAAGUCGAUUAUGAGGAGAUUAAAGACCCCUAAUCCACAUGUCCAGUUGCAAAGUUUAGUGCUCUUAGGUGCUUGUGUGAGUAAUUGUGGCAAGCCAUUCCAUCAGGAGGUAAGCUCAAGAGACUUCUGUGCCGAUGCCAGGAAUAUUGUCAGUAAGGGCCAUCCUAAGGUUUCUGAGAAGAUGAGACUAUUACUGAAGGACUGGUCAGAGAAAGAAAUGAAGAAUGAUCCCUCAUGCAGUCUAAUUACACAGCUGUAUAACAGUCUUAAAACAGAAGGGUUUGGUUUCUCUUCAUCAGAUGAUACACCUAAGCCCACACAAACAUUCAGCAAAGAUCCCAAUGUAGUCUCUUCACAACAAGAAGAAGAUGAUAUCGCUAAAGUGAGACUUAUUCCACCUAUUCUUCCAAGAAAAAUUACCAAGCCUACUGAACCUGGAUCUACUCUGCAACCAACAAACCCCUCAAGGAAUACAGAAACCAGACCAUCUGCCAAGAGAAGUUUGCACUAUCUAGAACAGCUGGAACCAAAUACAAAGACAAAAAUUCUCAGUCCAGCACAAGAAGUAAUGAUUGAAUUGGCAAGAGAGGAGCACGCAUGGCUCAAACGUGAGCAUGAAUUAAGAGUUGAAAUCCUUCAGCUAGAAAUAAGAACUGCACAAUACAAGGGAGAGGAAGCUCGUAGAUCACUUAACAAGGUCAACGCUAAUAUGAAUUCAGAUCCUUAACCCUAACUAGGCCGGGCUUUUUUGGCUGUUCUGUGGCCGGGGGGGGGGGGUUGAUUCAACCCCCCCCUGAGAUCUUGGCCGCCGAUCGCGCGAGCGCCGCAAAAAUUUGCACGCUGGUAGUGUGCGAUGUAAUCUACAAGGCUGUAUGGUAAAAUUUUCCAAAAUAAUGAGAUUUUAUUUUAUAUGAAUUAAUUAUGCUAAUUUAUGCAUAAAUCAUACUUUUUGCUCUAAUUCACUAAAUAAAGCUCCUAGUAUGCUAAUUUUUGGUAAAAAUAUUCUUUGUAGCAUUCUUAACAAUCACAAUUGAAAAAAACUUCGGUUUGGAAAUCAAUUUCUUAUGUAUUUUAUUGUUUUAUGAAUUUCUUAUGUAUUUCUUUGUUUUUCAACCUUUUGUUUUUCUUUGUUUUUUUCACCAAAUUUAUUGCACAACCUUUUUGAAGAAUAAUUAUGCUAAAAUCAAUUGAUUUCAGCUGUUCAAAGUAAAAAUAAUCAUAUCUUUAUGAAUAAGAUGAGAAAACUCAAUUUGCAUUGACUUUGUACACAAAAUCACGUUUUUGAACAAUUUUUGGUCUGACAUGCACUUAUGAAAUGUUGCGUAAUUUUUUAACCGCGUACCCAGGCGUCGUAAAUUUGGUCUCAAAAGAUGCGCGAGACUUAAAAGUAUAAACUCUGCGAGUGGCGUGGUCAAAAAAUUUCGCGCGGCGGAAUGAACGCAGAAAAUGUUGAGGGGGGGGGUUGAUUCAACCCCCCCCCGGCCAUUUUAGGGUUAAACUAUCUUGUAAUAAUAAUUUAACUAUUUCAUAUAUUACAAAUUAAUAAUAAUUUGGAAUAGUAUAAAUAUGUGUAUUUAACUAUGCAUGCCAUAACAUUCUUAGCUUAUCUACUUGUCUACUACUACUGUUCAUUAAAUCUUUGUUAAAAAAAUCCUUUGAUUGAAGUUAACUAGAGUAUAAUUAUUUUUUCCCUUCUCAUCUACUUUUUUGUUCACAUGGUUACUCUUUGCAAUUUGAACACAAAAGUAUGAGCAGAAAUAAUAUAUAUUUAUUGAAUGAUAAAUAUUUGUAUUGAAUUUGUAUAUACCGCAUUGGAAGAAUGAAAUAUAAUAUAUUCUAUACAAAAAUAAAAUACACUACUUUGUUCAUAAUUACUCAUUGCAAAUUGAACUCUACAGUUUAUCAUAUGAGUAGAAAUAAUGUUUUUCAAAUGAUAAAUGUUUGUGUAUUGAAUUUGCACAUCGGAGAAAUGGAAUAUGAUAUACACUUUUUGUUCACAUAGUUACUCUUUGCAAUUUGAACAUGAGUAUGACCAGAAAUAAUCUAUAUUUAUCUAUAUUUGUAUUGAAUUUGUAUAUACAGUAUUGGAAGAAUGAAAUAUAUGUAUAUAUCAGAUUGAAGGAAUUAAGUUUAUAUUCUAUAUGACAAAAUAAACAACUUUGUUCACAUAGUUA